AUGGAGAGCACCGAUUCUUCCGGUGGUCCUCCACCGCCGCCGCAGCCUAACCUUCCUCCAGGAUUCCGGUUUCACCCAACCGACGAAGAACUAGUCGUUCACUACCUUAAACGCAAAGCCGCCUCCGCUCCUUUACCUGUCGCCAUCAUCGCAGAAGUCGAUCUCUACAAAUUUGAUCCAUGGGAACUUCCAGCCAAGGCAUCGUUUGGUGAGCAAGAAUGGUACUUCUUCAGUCCUAGAGAUCGGAAGUAUCCGAACGGAGCUAGGCCGAACAGAGCGGCAACGUCAGGGUACUGGAAAGCGACGGGUACUGACAAACCGGUGCUAGCCUCUGACGGUAACCAAAAGGUCGGCGUGAAGAAGGCACUGGUCUUCUACAGUGGCAAACCUCCAAAAGGUAUUAAAAGUGAUUGGAUCAUGCAUGAGUAUCGUCUCAUAGACAACAAACCAAACAACAGACCACCAGGCUGUGACUUCGGCAACAAGAAAAACUCCCUCCGGCUUGAUGAUUGGGUGCUAUGUCGCAUCUACAAGAAGAACAACGCAGGUCGACAUGUGGAUAACGAUAAGGAUCAUGACAUGAUCGAUUACAUCUUUAGAAAGAUCCCUCCGUCAUUAUCAAUGACGGCUGCUACCACCGGACUUCACCAUAACGUCUCUAGGUCAAUGAACUUUUUCCCCGGCGGCUACGGGAUAUUCCCCGACGGUGAUCCGGGGCUUUACAACGGUAGUGGCAUGAUCAACAACAACAUAGCAGUCUGCACCAACGGUGACGUCGUCGGUAACGGUUUGAAUCAUGCUUCUUCCUCUGGGCCGAUGAUGAUGGCGAACCUGAAACGAGCUCUUCCGGUGCCGUUUUGGCCUGUAGCGGAGGAAGAGCAGGAUGUAUCUCCGAACAAACGUUUUCACGGCGGGGAAGGAGGAGGAGACUGUUCAAACAUGUCUUCUUCCAUGAUGGAAGAGACACCACCGUUGAUGCAACAACAAGGUGGUGUGUUAGGGGAUGGGUUAACGACGUCGUAUCAGUUAACUGGUUUAAACUGGUACUCCUCUUAAAUCGAUCUGUGUGUUCGCCGCCGGUGUGAAAAAAAUUUCCGGUGACAGUGACGAAUUGCAGAGUACAAAUUUUAUGAUUGGUGGGGUCAUUUGCAUUGUGUAAUUUGAGAUUUUGUGUAUGUAUUUUGGGUUAAUUAAUUAAUCAUAGGGGAUUUAGAGAGGGGGAGAUGUGAGGCAAAG